UGCCAAGUUUUGCGAGGUGUUAUUUAUAAAUUAUGUAUGUCUGUAUGUCUGUAUGCCUGUUGUGUUACAUCAGAUCGGUGGUUCAAAUGGCAUGACUCAGCGUAACAUUUCGCCGAUGAAUCACUCACCGUCCCCAAGUCAGAAUAACUAAAAAGGCGGCCGAAGUUAGACAAGACACUACGCACCUUGUUGGGAUUUCACGAUGUCACAAUCUUUUCUGCUGAAGUCCUACGCCUGCCACCACCAAGAUUGUUACUGCUGUCAAGAAAAAGUGUCUUUGGUGUGUGGUUGAUUAGUAAAACACAUGGAAUGGCUAGGAGGUCAUGCUGCAUAGGAAAACGAUGGGAUAUUACUUAUAAGGAUGCAAUUAUCGUUGGCAAUGGUCCAUCAGCCAUCACACUGUCUUUCCUCCUGUCAGGAAACACGCCCUACUACAAUGGAGCCCCAGUUCCAAAUGAAUUCCUGCAGUACAAACUGUCAGAUAAUCCAGAUAAAUCACUCUUUGACCUGGACCUCGAAUAUCUCAGUGAAGGUCUUGAAGGCAGAUCAAACAAUCCAGUGGCGCUCCUCUUCGAUAUCCUGACCAAACCAAAUGCUGACCUGGGAAGUGAAGUGCCGUCCACUCUAAAUUGGAGGAAACACGAAAAGGAAAUCUGUAACCAUGUUGUCCUUGGGAAGGGGAGACCUGGAGGAGUCUGGCAGAGUAUGGAUGGCUCAAUGAACACUUUGAGCCUUGGCAACUGGAUGGAGCUGCCCAACAUGUCAUUCCGAGAAUGGUCAAUGAAAUAUAGGAGUCAUAAAGGAUUUACUGGUAUGAGAAGUGACCGUGCAAGCCUGGCUGAAGUUGGACAAUAUUAUCACGACUAUGUAAAGGAAAAGGGCCUGGAGAAAAACUUUUUGGAUAGGCACACCGUCACCACUGUUCAAAAAGUUUUAGAUAUAAACACACAAAUUGUUGAUGAUGAAAGUGGUGAGAUAGUCAUCGGUACAGGAGACACAAAAAAUACUCCGAUGAUCUGGGAAGUUUGUGGAAAAAAACAUAUCUUUAAUGAAAUACUGGAGGAGGAAGUUUUAGUGGAGGAAUUUUGUUUCCGUACACCGAAUGUUAUCUUAGCAACUGGUUCUUAUGACCAGCCGAACAAGUUAGGAAUUCCUGGAGAAAAUCUCCCACAUGUGAUUCAUUCUGUUCAAGAUCUCGAAGGUGCGAUUCGAGAUGGUUUAGUGUCGCCUGAUUCUGAUCCUGUUGUUGUGGUCGGUGCAGGGUUGAGCGCAGCAGAUGCUAUUUUAUAUGCGGAGGAUUUCAAUCUCCCAGUCGUCCAUGUAUUCCGACGCUUGGCUCGAGAUCCGAUGCUGAUCUUUAACAAACUACCGAAAGCAAUGUACCCGGAGUACCAUAUGAUUCAUAGUAUGAUGAAGCGUGAACAUUCAUCUGACUUGUAUACACCGUACGAAGCUCAUUCAAUCAAGGAAUGUAUGCCUAGUGGGCAAGUUAUCAUUCACGACAACAACAACCAGUCCGAGAGGCUUGUCCAAUCAUCUCUUGUCCUAGUCAACAUUGGAUCAAAACCCGAUCUGUCAUUUUUACGAAAUGACGGAAAACAUCUUGGAGUCAUUGAAGACGAACAAAUCGACUGCAAAAAUAAUCCGGUUGAUAUUGAUCUGAUUACUUAUGAGAGCAAUAAAGAGCCUGGUUUGUUUGCGAUUGGUCCUUUGAUCAGUGAUAACUUUGUACGUUUUAUUCAGGGCGGUAGUUUGGGGGUUGCAAGCCACCUGCAUAAGAAAUUCUCAUGUCCAGAGGAAACAUCAUCAGGUUCUGCUGGGAAGGAAAAUAUGUGAAAGUCGAGCACUGAGGGACGGACAUCGAAAAUGGCAGUAAUACUUUUCGUGAGUCACCGAAUAAUGCAACAGGUAACAAAAUUAACUUAAAUGAGAAACUUUGAAGUAUCUAAAAAUACUUCGCCAAAAUUCGAUAACAGGAGACCAAGGACGAGGGAUUUGAGCAAACACACCGGCAAAUUUCCCCAGUUAUUUUAUAGGCUUUUUCAUGCAGUGCUGAACACUCGUAAAAUUGACUAUUACUGUCAGUAUGGUUGCAAGGCAUGGGAGAUGUCAUUACAUUUGUAUGGUGGUUUCAGGACCUUAUCAAGUGAGGAGAGAUGUCAGUAUGGUUGUAUCAUGACCUUAUCAAGUCAGGGGAGAUGUCAGUAUGGUAUUAUGACUGUAUCAAGUCCGAGAUCAUGAUGUGGAAUUUAUUUUCUAUAAGAUAUGUUGACGUAGGACAUCUUUCUAAAGCAGGGUCUACCUGUGUAGACACUGGCAGUACACAGGCACUCAUCAAAGGGGGCCCUGACUGCAGACUCCCUGAUACGAGGGGUUUUGGUUAGGAUUAGCCAAAGAGCCUUUUGGCAUUGAUGACCAUUUCUUUUGAAUUUGUCAGGGAUACUGCAAUCAAGCAGAAAUGAGCUACAGGAUGCACUAUUUUGGGGUUAGUACUGUUAAAUAUUGCUUUUGGAAUGUGUCAGUGCACAAGAUGAGUAUGUUUGAUUUGUCAUUCUGACAUGUCUGUAAGGUGUUCUGCGAUUUAAAAUUUAGUAGACCAGUACCAUUAUUGUGACCAUCUAAACACCUUGACAAAAGUAAGUCCCUCCUUUAAAAAUUGGUCAUAAUUUCUAAAGUAUCUAAGACAAUGCAAUGAAAAUGGGAGGACAUCAUCAUACCAACAUUAGGCAUAUUGGGUGAAAAGGACAAGGGUCUACCUAUUGUUACGCAUGAAUGAUUUGAAUGAAAAACAUGCCGUCUCAAAAAUAACAGAACAGAUCCACCAAGGCUGAAAUUGACUGGCAGUGUGGGCCAUGCAAUCAGUUGUGGUUUUAAUACUCACUGAAACAUGCAACGAUUGUUGUUAUGUUUGAAAUGGCAAUUAUUUCAUUCAAUUGAAGAUCAUUCAUGCAUAUCAAUAGGUAUGCCUCUGACCUUUUUACUCAUUGUGCCUAAUGAUAGUUUCAUGAUGUCCUGCAAUUUUCAGCGCUUUGUCGCGGAUACUUAAGAAAUUUAAAUCAAUUGUUUAGAGGGGGACUUACUUGUGUUGAGGUGUUUAUAUUACUUUUUACCCGAAAUACAUGUAGUACAUAUAAUAUUGUAUGUUAACUCUUUACUGCUAGCCCUAUUUUAAAGUUAUUCCCCCCUCUUGUCUGCAUUUUUGCCAUUUUUACCACUUUUUUGUAGCAGUAGCUGAGGGCCCUCUUUGGCGCCCUCGGCCACUUGCAGCUUGAUUCCCACCUGCAGCAGACUUCGCCCCCUGCCAACCAUCAUCUGAGUCAUUGUCACUACUACUUAUAUCAUUACCCCCAACUGACCGGUCAUUAUCACCAUCAGAAUCGGGCUGAUCACGCAAAUUGGUCUAACUUCACCAAUUCACCUGACUCAAAAUACCCACUUCCUGGGGACGAGAUUGAGCCGAAUGCUUCCGAGAACAAUUCCGAAGACAUGGCGGGAGGUUUAAAUCAACGUAGAAUCAAUAGUUUGGUUUACUUUUGAUGGGUAGAUGGAAACACUGAGAUAAAACGUUUUGAAACGUUAUUGGCAAUUUAGCGACCUAUUUUCAAUAACGUUUUAAAACGUCAUUGGCAGUAAAAGAGUUAAUAUUCCCUGUCACUUCUUUCUUGUAAAUAACCUCUUCACUUCUGAACAUAGUUAUUUUUGUCAUAAGAGGACGAAAGAAGGCAUAACUUGGGAAAGGAGGAGAAAGACAAAAUACUACUUAAAGGGGGCUUCAUGAUUUUUUUGAUCAGAAAGUUUUGUUUUUGAGGUAUAGUUAGUUGACUACUGGGAGCCAAGACUACUUUCAAUGCAUCUUCGAUUGGAUCAUGGCAUUACAUUUGCUGAUGAUGGUUUUUUUAACAAAGGAUUGCAAGAUUUGAAACACUCAGGGAUUUUUGGUGGAUUUUAUGAAAGACAUUCUCAUGUUCAGGGUAUUAGGGUGUUCAUCAGAAUUAUCUUGAAUCCAGACACAUAAAUACCUCUUGGGAUUUACCCCCUUCCCCACCCCUAAAAGUUAAGAAUAAACUUUAUCUUUUGAACAGCUAUUUGGCCUAAGAGCUUCUUGGUUCUAGAAAGAGGUAAUGUUGAUAAUAAAAUCAUAAACUCUUCCUCCCAGGUGAAGAGACCUUGUCUCUGGCUUCAAGUUAAUUUUCACAUACUGUAAGGUAAUAGUAUAAUACUGACAGAUUAUGAUCUAUGUUUACAUGCACAGGCGUCAUAAAUAUUGAAAGCAAAGACUAUUGCCAAUGAGUUCUACUAAUAAAUCAAGAAUCUUAUGUAAAUGAAUGAAUGUAAAAUAAUGAAUGAGGUUUUAUAUACCGUAUUUUCCGGAUUAUCCCCCGCACUGCCCUAUGACCCGCACCCCCUUUGACCAUUACCUAAAGCCACGCAAGACCCGCACCUGAUUAUGACCCGCACUGCUCCAAGACCCGCAUUCUCCAAAAAUAGUAAGCCAUUCAUUGAUGUUGACAUCCUAGAACCGCCAUGUUUUUUUUAAUUGUUAACCAAAGUGGAUCAAUUCCAGCAUGGCCGUAACUAUUUUCCCUAGCGGAGACAUCACAAACUAUGCGAUCAUGGCGGAAAUAUUGGUUGAAAACAAUGCGAAAACGAUGGACAUAAAUCCUUAUCAAGUAACCAGUUUGGUCCCCUUUUUUUUCUUUGGGGUUGGGGCUUAUCCCUCUCAGAAUCCACGCAAGACCCGCACCUUUGUAUUACCCGCACCCCCACUUUUUGGGCCUGUUUGAGGGCAAAAAGCCGCGGGUGAUACGCCGGAAAAUACGGUAGUUAAUUAAUGAACAAUAACUGGACAUUGAACAGCUGUGUGACCAAAAGAUUGUCACUGCGGUCAUCUUGAAGUUAAAUAGAGAUAAGUGUUAUUUAUUUUUGUAAUCUGUGCCUGCUUCAAAAGUUCAUGGGGUAAAUUGUAGUUCUUUGCGCUUUGACCCUAUAGGUUUUAGCAAAGUGCGAAACAAAAGAUAUGUGAUUGUCUUGGCUUGGCAUUGGUUGGUGAUCAUGUAAUUUUAGGGUAUUCAGGUUAAAUGUUAGUCUUGUCCAAUGUCAUUGGUAAUCUUCACUGCUAAUGUAUAAAGUGAGUUAUGUAGGAAUAGUAUGGUAGCGGUUGGGUAUCCCCCUGUCAUGCCUGUGGUGAUGCUUUGGAAUUUCGCAUUAAUUCUGUGCUGAAAUUUCACGCAACUUGUUCUUCUCCCGUUCAACUAAUGAUGAGCUUUUGUUGAAUUUUUUGUAGGACUUGAAGAAACACUUGGCAGACUGAUCUCAAAUGAGCAAGACUGCUUGAAUUCAGAUUUUGAUUGAGACUAAAGUUGUUCUGUGAUUUUCGCAAGUCAUCCCCUGCACUGUUCACAGGUUGAAUGGUCUGACCUCCUAAGAGCAAUAGAGACAGCCAGCGUCAAACAUGUCAAAGAGAAGCCAUUGGCUUUUUGGGUCAUACAUUUUGCACCCAUUAUGUUGUCUAUCGUAUGUAUGAGGUUAGUGCCAUACCUACCGAAAAUCUUUCCAACAAAGUGAGUGAUAAGGCCUACAUUUUUGAUUAGCACCUGGGUCACGGUUGACAGAACAGUAAACAGGGUCACUAAUUCUCUGAAAUUAUGACACAAUUUAUGUGACCGCAUAAACAUGUAUGUGUUUCUCAAAAGAAAUCCAUUUAGUUUGAUUUCCUGCUGAAAAGUGGGAUCUCUGUGCUCCAGUUUGUAUGUCAAUCAUUCAUAAGAGUUCACAUCAGUUGUGAUCUUUGCCAGAUGUGGUUAUAAUAAAGGAAGGACAUUUAAAACAGUGAAUGCUUGAAAUGAGUUCAGGGAUGGUUGGUGGGGGGAGGGGCAAUAUACUACAGGUCAAGAUUUGAGUUGCUGGCAAUGUUAAUGGCUGUCUCAACUGCUAUUCAGUUGCAUUCCUGAGCCGAGUGGGAGUGAUCUUCAUUGAAGCAGGAUCAACUUCUCGUGGAACGGGUUUCUGACAAAUUUUAGUUUUAUGCCUGUCAACGACAAACAAUUUUCAAAUCGAUCAUAAAAUGAUAAAUACAGAAUGAUUUGUGGCCGAUUUAUUGCGCAGGCUAUUUUAUUCCCUUGUGUACCGGUCCACUUACUGACUAGAAACUACGCAGUUAAACAUGUUCAUGCGUGCAUGACUGCAAUACUAUUGACCCUUUCACUGCAAAAUGGCAGUGAUGAAUUGCCAGGGCCCAGUAAUAUGCGCCUCACUGAAUCUCCAUUGUAAACUUCUUUGACUGUUUGCAAUGACACCUAUUGUCUUUCUAUUAGGAAAUAAAUGCAUUUUCCAAUAGAACGAACCCCUAUCCAUCCUAAAGCACAAAAGAAAAUAGCAAAAAAGCUAAUUUGAUUAAAAGUCGGCAUUAUUUUAAAAAUCACCUUUUUGACUCACCGUAGUAGAGUCUAUACAAUAUCGCAGUGUCCAUCGUCGUUCGUCAUCGCUGUUGUCGUCAUCUGUCGUUGUCUGUAUCCUGAUUCAAAAACAGUCGCACAUUUCUUAACCACUAGAGCUAUGAACUUGAAACUUUGUAAACAGGACCCCCAGAUCAGGUGACCUCUGACACUGAAUUUCGGUGUGAUCCGAUUCUGGACUUGGCCACCAGGGGGCCAGAAGUGGAAACCUAAAAAGUGUGAUAUCUCUUAUGAGUGACUCGUUUUUUAUAACAUUUUCUGGUAGGUUCUCUUAGCAAAAGGAUACAUCACAUAUCAUAUGAGUUUUUGAUUUGACCUGCCUUUCAAGGUCACAGAAGUCAAAUGGUGUAAAUUGGUCGUUUGAGUGUAGCUAUAACUACUAAAGCUGUGAACUUCUGGUAGGUUCUCUUAGCAAGGAUACAUCACAUAUCAUAUGAGUUUUUGAUUUGACCUGCUUUUCAAGGUCACAGAAGUCAAAUGGUGUAAAUUGGUCGUUUGAGUGUAGCUAUAACUGCUAAAGCUGUGAACUUGAAAUUUGGUACACAUGACUCCCUACGUCAUGUAACCUCGGACACCGAAUUUCGAUCUGAUCUGGUACUCAACUUGGCCACCAGGAGGCCAAAACUAAAAAUAGGUAAACAGUGCAAUAUCUCGUUUAUUAGUGACUUGUUUUUGAUGAUUUUCUUAUGGUACUUACUCCAAGCAAAGAUACAUCACAUGUCAUACUGACUUUGGUUUGACCUAUAUUGACCUAUAUACCUAUAUACUUUAUAACCAAAAUGCUAUACUUAGAUGGUACCGGUAAUUUUCUUUUGUGCGAUUGAGCUGAGAAGAAUAAUAUUAUUUAGUGGAAUCAAAACUGGUAAAACUAGGCAGAAACUGUUCUCCCCAUAUCCACUGCAAAUGACAUGCAUUAUAUUACCCGAGGUGAGCACAUUAACUUAAUAAAGUGUUGUGUGCCAUUUGUCUGUGUGGGCCCCCCCCCCCCCCCUCCUCUCUCUGCAUAGAUUUGCGCAUCUCUUCUGGAAGUUUCGGUCCAUUUUAGUCCACAGAUUGGCGGAGAUAUUAUUGAUUUUUAACACUGAAACAUCUGGUGUACAUUGACAUCAAUUGUGGUAAUGGCCAUAUUGGCCACAUUCCUUAUUUUCCUAUCAAAUACACACUUGACCUGUGUUUGAUGUUAACAAAGGUUUAAACAUGAUUUUAAGAACGUGAUGGGAGAAUGAUGUGGGGAAUACGACCUAUCACAAACAGUUGUGGGUGUCGAGGAGAUGAUUCCAUGACAUCGGAGAACCCAAGUCAAAUUUAAUAGCCACCCAAGCCAAAUCUUCGUGGCGCUGAAACUUGGUGGUUGACUCCGAGCCAGACUAAAAACAUAUGGCAAGAACAGAAAAGCUUUCAAAGUUUUUGUGAAAGGUACGAAGAUUACCAUCCCUUUUGACCUCUACUGUAAUCUCCGAGUCUUGAGCAAGAUUACCUUGCACUGCUUCCCUCCACAAAGGAAAACGUUUUUUGGUUGUCACAUCGAAGGCCUUACUCACUUACUGGAAAUUAUAGCUGACGGUAAAAUAUACAUUCUCGAGUUAGGCCGUAGCAAAGCUCUCAGGAGUAUUCGUGAUGUGCAUUUUAAUCAUCUACUGAAUAUACCCAUUACCCCAAGUGCAUGAAUCGAAAUUGAGUGAGAGUGUCCGGAGAUCAGUAUAUAAAAUAUUUGGACGAAACAGUUGCUCAAUGAUAGAAUUGGUGAUUGUUUGGGUCUGCUGCAUAGAUUCUUUGAUGGACCUUCUAGAAUAUAUGGUGGAACACAUCACAGAAUAUAAUGGGAGAUCUGCUGUAACACGUGGUUAGCGAUAAUCAUCAUAGUUUCAACCAUGUGCCAUUAUAGAUUCUAUGACAGAAGCUUUUGCCUGUCUAGUGAUGCCAGCUGCACACAUGUAGAAGUACUUCCUAACUGAUGGGGCAGAGCAAUUUCAAUAUCAUGGUCAUGGAAUGUUAUUCAAAUUAUAUCUUAUCUGUAUGUAUAUUUAUUCGUCGUUAUCGCUCCAACAUCAGACACAUGGCUUUUGCUAUGCUGAUACAUUCACAUGGUUACUCAGGGUGAGGAAAUCUGGUUGUAUGGACAAAUCCCAAAUAAAGCCCAUUUGUGCAUGUCCAUGGUACAACCUGAGCCUUGUCUUCAUCAAGCCAAAUUGGGCAUUUGGAUCAAAGUGAUUAAGAUGAUGACAUCAGGUCAUUGCAACUAUGAAUUAAUAUCACAGUUCUGUCAUUGUGGUCCAAAAUAAAUGAGGCAAGUACUUAAACAACCAGCUUCGUUUUGUUUCAAAACUGCUAACCUCUUAAAAUCAGGGGUUAGCUUUUUGGUCGUGGGGCAAAAGACACUUUUUGAAUUUUUUCGGCCAAAAUCACAGCCAAAAAACCUUUUUUUUUGUGAGGUCUGGAGGACAUUUGCCCCCUGCCUCUCCCUCCACUAGCAUAGCUACAGCCCUGUCAGUGCUCCAAAGACUUUACCAAAUGAUGCUGUCCCUAUGGGUGAAAUAAUACUUCCUUACAGCAUACCCCCCCCUUAGGACCAAGAAAAUUUGUUGACUGUAUCAAAGAAGCUUGACUGUGGCAACAAGCUGUCACUUCGUCCAUCCAACAAGCGAUGCCAUAUGGUGAAAUAUCACUGCCUGUAUUCGUUGUGACGAAAUCUCCACCAGUUUGCUGGCAUGGUUCAAAGUUUUAAUCGACACAGGUGGUACAAUGAGCCACUGUUGAUAGUGUGCUUGUUAACUAUUAAGAACACGUGUAUAAUAUGACUUCAUUUCGUGUAACUGUUUCCCGUUGAUUGUCUGAUCAGUUAAAUGUACACAUUUUCAUCAAUCAUGUUAAUGGUAGACCUACUAUACUUUGAUUAAAAUCAAACAGGUUAGAUCAACAUUCUACUUUUGUUUAGGUUAGAUUAGAAUUCUGUCAGAUUUAUUUGAGUUAUGUAAAUAGUUUUGCUUCUGCUGACUGUGAUAAAAAACGUUUUUUGGGAUGUAGGCUAAUAGGUAAUAAAUAUCUUUUAAGAUUUUCUGAUUGCUUGAGUUGAUGAUCAAAUUUUGACAUAUUAUGAGCCAGUAAGAUGGAGCAGAUAAUGGAGCUAAUUAAUGUUAACAGCCAACUUUUGUUGUGUGUUUUUAGCUCACCUUUGGGGAGCUUUACCGUGGCGUCCGUCAUCGUCGGUUAGCGGAGCACGUUUCGUAACGGCUAUUAGAGUUAGAUGGCUGAGACUUUGUGUGAUGAUAGCUUUGGGCAAUAUGCCCAGACGUAUUUUUCUUUUUUCGCGAUAUGACCUACUUUCUGGCCUCCAGGCGGCCAUCUUGGAAAUUAGUUUUUUUCCUUUUUGAAGCUAAUGGUUGUACGUAGAGCGAUGAAAUUUUUAUGGCGGGUGUAUCUAAUAAGGUUAAAUGAUAUAUCACCCGAGUUUUUGAUUUGACGUACGUUUCAAGGUCACAGAGGUCAAAGUUCACUAAAUUGCCGAUAGGUGGCACGUUUCGUUUCUAUUUGAGUUGGAAGGUUCUAAACUUGUGAUGACAUGUAUCUAGGGACCCUCUGUUCUAUCCCAUAAAUUUGUCCAGCUCGGAAUUCAAAUAUGGCCGCCAGGCAGCCAUCUUGGAAAUUAAACAAAGUCGGAUUGCAACCAAAUUUCAUGUGAUUGUAUAUCUAUGUACUCUCUACAACAUCCCUGAUUUUCAGUCUAAUCCAUCAACCAUUAGGGCCACAAGGCCGCCAUCCUGAAAAUUAAACAAAGUCCUAUUACUCCGAAACUAAUGAUCGGAUUGCAAUUAAACUUCAUGUGAUUAUGUACCGGUAGCUAUGUAUGUAUUAAUAUCCCUAAUUUUCAGUCAAAUCCCAUAACAAAUAUGGCCGCUAUCUUGAAAAUCCAAAUAAAUCCUAUUACUCCUAAAGUGUUGAACAGAUGUCAAAAUGCUAUACUUAGAUGGUACCGGUAAUUUUCUUUUGUGCGAUUGAGCCGAGAAAAAUAAUAUUGUUCAAUGGAAUCAAAAUUGGUGAAACUAGCCGGAAACUGUUCUCCCCAUAUGCACUGCAAAUGACAUGCAUUACAUUACCUGAGGUGAGCACAUGGUCCCUGGACCAUUUCAUAUUAUUUUGGGUUUCCAUAUAAUCUCAAUUUGUGAAAAUAGUUGUUUAGAUGAAUGAAAAGGCAAGGGCCAUUGCGCUCACCAUAGGGAUAUUUGGUGGUUAAGAUUUCAUGCUGGUUAAGAAACAUGCUAUAGUAUAUAGCCAAAUGGAAACUUAUGCCAUUCAACCUUUGUGACCUUGAAGAGUAGGUCAAAUUAAAAACCUAUGUGACAUAUGAUGAUGUAUACGGUGGAUAGGCUGAAGUUACAUAGACCUCACGUUUCAUCGACUCACGACUCAUUUGUCACUUGUCAUUCGUGAGCUGAUGAAUGGACAUUGGAAAACCUAUUGACCUGUUCUCAUUGAAGUCAAUUUUGUAAGUUUUGCCCGCAUUCGUCGCCUCACGUCAUUUCAUGUCAUUUCACGCGUGAGGCGAUGAAUGGACAUGUUCAUUCUUUGUGAAAUGAGCUGGCAAAGAAAGUGGACGUCCAUGUGCAUUUGCAGUGAUAUCGCCUUCGAAACUGUGAGUAUAGCUACUUUUCAGCAUUUUCAUUAGUUUACACAUUAAUACAAUAGCUAAUUUCGAUUGGAAAUGAGAAACAAAAAAUGCAAAAAUGCAGCACUUUUAUGUACCACAUUGUUCUCGUCCGUCGCCUCCGCUUUCGUUUUCUAUUCUCCAUCAGGAGCAGCAUGGCUGCCAUCUCUUCUUCUUCUGAGUCCAUGUGCGUCGCCGAGAAAAUCCAAGUGACAAAUGAACGAGCGAAAAAUGAUCUGUAUGUAAACCGCCGCGGUCACUCGUGACAAAUGAGGAGUGACACGUGAAAAUGAGCCGUGAGUCGAUGAAAAAUGUGGCGUGAGUAGCUCAUUCCUAUGUAACAUCAGCCUUAGAUGUACCCAUGACACAAAAAUUUAGGCCAUCGGGCAUGUAGUUGAGCAAUAAUUUGCUUAAUCAUUGCAUAAGAUGCUGAAAUGUCUAGCCCUCAAUACAGGGUGGUCCAGAAAAAAUGCAACAGAUACUUGCUUCACAAAAACGUCUCUACAACAAAAACUAUAGAACAGAAACGGUCACUAUUGGUAUGAUCUUCUUCUAGAAACAUUUGCCAUCCACUGGUAUCAAUGGAAGUAUCCGGUUGCCUUUUUUCUGCACCAACCUGUAUAAGUUGUAAACCAUACGACUGUAAUUUUAAAUAAACUUUUUGUAUAAUUUGCUUUGAUAAAAUUUCCUUUUAAAAUGCAGUUGUAUGAUGUGAAUAUUAUUUCUUUCGGAUAUCCUGUAGUAUGGCUUUAGAAUAAUUUUGGUGUUUGCUUAGAAACACAGUUAUCUAAUUUGCAUCAGAAAGCUUCCUUUCUGUUUCUUGCCAGUUCUCUUCAAAAUUUUAAGUGUGAAAUAACCGCCCAGUAGUAUUUCUCAUGGAGUUCAACCCGGCGUGCACACUUAUUCUGAGACAUGGGUUUUUUCACCUUAUGUGUUUAUUUUCAAGAAAAAAAAAGUUAGAGGAACGAGACUGUAAUGGCAUCCCUGUGUGCUUUACCAGAAGUAAAUAUUCAUUUCCUUUUGAGCUGAUAUCUUCAAAGUUGGAUUCCUGGAAAUCUAAUUUUUGACCCAACACUGCUUUCAGGUUAAAUAUUUGUAUAUUAAGUAAAUAAAAUUUCCCUCAACGAACUUUGAAGAAUUCGGAUCAGAAGUUUAUGCACAGCAGCCAAUAAGGACGUGGACAUUUGCCAUUGAAGUAGACUGUACUUGGCCUUUAGUACAGGUUAUUAUGGUUGCCACUCUUUUAUGCUCUUCAAACCUUGACAGGGUUUCCGAGGCAUUGAUUGAUGAGUAGAUGAGAAAAGUUUUGAGUAUUUUUCAAAGCUGAUUAUCCUGUUAUAAAUCUUUUGGUUUCAGAUGUCGUAAUUUUUCUAUAUUGAACACUAUGAAUAACAAUAAUAAUGAG